GCGAAAUCAUUGUAAAUCGAAUGAAAAGUGUUAUUUAGUUGAUAUCCGAUAAAAAGACGUUACUUAGAUUGCUGUGAUACAAUUUUAGUGAUAUUGGAAAGUUUAGGACAGAUUUUUGAAUGAUGUUAUUGUACAUAUUCAGUUUUAAGGAUGUCCUGGAGCUUUUUUGUUUGAGAGUUUGAAAGUAUUUUUGUUUUUAAAUUGUUAUGAGUAUAUAUUAUGUGCAAACGUAGAGGGAAAUGCUAGCAGAUUAUGGCAUAUAUAUAUCUGAGAAAAAAGGAAAUUUUAAAAACAAAUUGGAUAAAGUUUGACAAAUACAGCUGUGGCUUCUUUUUUAUGUGUCUCCGUUUUCUCUGUUUAUCAGCCACGGAGAGUAAUGCUACCAUAAAAGUUGGUGUUUUAUUGAUGACAAAUUCAACUUUUCCGGUCGACUUACCCAGAAUAGGACCUGCUAUAGAUAAGGGAAUCGAAGACGUUCGAUCCCGUUAUGGAAUAAAUUUCGAUCCGAUUAUAGCAAACUACAGUGUUUGGUGCACAAAGGCACGAUAUACGGCUCCUGGCUUCCUGGCUGAUCUCUAUUAUAAACAGGAUGUUCGAGCCUUUAUAGGGCCAGCAUGUUCGUAUGCUGUCCAGUCUUCUGGCCGCCUUGCAGAAUACUUACGGGUACCCUUGGUAACAGGUCUCGGUGAUCUUACAGAAAGAAAUCUAGCUGAAGAUGAUAUGUUUGAAACUACGAUUAUUUUGUCUUACAACAUUAGGAAAAUAUCAGUAUCCGUGCGCGCCCUCUUGCGAGAGUACGACUGGAGGCACGUGUCAAUUAUAUAUGACGAGGAUGAGAUUUUCUACCUUGUUGCUGGGCCUAGCAUGGUGCAUGAUUUUGAAAUGGACAGCGAAUUUCCGGAUUCAAACCCAGUACCUUUUAAACGUACAAAGGAUUGGAGUCCGCCAGACACACUAAACAAAGCUUCGAGGCAUGCUCGAGUGUUUAUUGUGCUUGUCAAUGCUGGAGAGUUCCGUACACUGAUGUACCACGCCUAUCAACUGGGCAUGGCUUCUGGGGACUACGUAUUUAUGGUCAUCCAGUUAGCAGAGAUAGAUUGGUGGGGAUCUUAUAGAAACUUCCUAAAAGGUGACAAGAUGGAUGAAGCACUGAAGAAAGUCUAUGAAUCUGUGUUUAUUUUUACACUUGUGAAUCCUGCGGCAAACAAUACUCAAUUUCAGACGGAUAUCCGAAUGCGAUCUGCCCGAGACUACGGCUAUAAUUUCAAAAACACCGAACCGGUCCAUUAUUUUAUUACGGCAUUUUACGAGGCAGUUCUUUACCUUGGAGCAGCGUAUAACAAGAGUCUAGCUGAAACUGGGGACAUUUCUGAUGGUUACAAAAUUGCAAGGUCAUUUUUCAAUGGCACAUUUGAAGGUUUAGAUGAAUUAGUUGCAUUUGAUGAAACGGGUACCAGAGUCGCCGAUUUUGAAGUUCUAGAUUUACUAAAUGCAAGCAACGAGACAUUUCAGCGUGUUGGCAUAUUCCUUGGUUCCAAAAGAAGGUACAUGCCGCUUCGAUCUACUGAAAUCAGAUGGCUUAAUGGUGUUCCAGUAGACAAACCGUUGUGUGGUUUUUCCGGUGAAUUAUGUGUAACAGACUACAUGUCAACCCAGGCUAUAAUUGGUAUUGUUGCCGGUUGUUUAAUAUCAGUCUUAAUCUCCAUCAUUAUUAUUCAGACAGUUUACAGUCGCCGGAAAUUGAACAAGGAUAUGCGAUGGCGGAUUAAUUGGAGGGAUGUAGAUGUACUGAAAACAAAAGGCAGUGUCAAUUCAGGAUUUUCUAAGUCAAAACUAUCAAUCGAACAAGACGCCGACAGUAUGCCUGACGAUAUGAAACUUGUAACGGGAUCUAAUGGUAUGUACAAAGGUACCUCUGUCUUCAUUCGAAACUACAAUUUUACAUCUAUUGACAUCACAUCAAAGGUCCUAAUGGAAAUGAGAAAGUUAUAUCAGUUGCGACACAAUAACUUAGAGACAUUUAUCGGAGCCUGCACUGAUACAGGGAACAUUGCUGUUCUGUCGGAGUUAUGUCCAAGGGGAAGUCUUAUGGAUAUUAUAGCAAAUGAAGGUAUUGAGUUGGACUGGUCCUUCCGUCAUUCACUAAUCAACGAUGUUGUUCAGGGUAUGAAAUUUCUUCACCAUAGCGAUAUAAACGUGCACGGACGGUUGCGUAGCAGCAACUGCGUCGUGGACAGUAGAUUUCUUCUCAAAAUUAAAGGCUUUGGACCCAAGUGUUUCCUUGAAAUGGAGUUCAAGAAUCAAAGAAACACAUUUCGUAAUGACUCAAAGUUGCUUUGGACAGCUCCGGAGCUUCUCCGACAAAACGGCUGGAAUCCAGGAACACAGAAAGCCGAUGUUUACAGCUUCUCCAUCAUUCUGCAGGAAGUUAUCAUCAGAGGUGCGCCAUUCGAGUUAUCGGACCUUACGAGCACAGAUAUUAUUGAGAAUGUAAAAUUAGGUCGGACGCCACCAUUCCGGCCGGAAUUACCGUCUUCUGUUGAGUGUUCGUCAGAUCUGGUUGAUAUCAUGGUAUCCUGUUGGGCCGAGAAACCAGAAUCCCGUCCAAGCUUUGAUGUCAUUGACUCAUAUUUGAAGAAAACAUUAAAAUCAAAAGGUAGCAACAUUAUGGACAACCUCAUGCGCAGAAUGGAGCAAUACGCGAAUAAUCUGGAGACACUCGUGGAGGAAAGGACAAACGCCUACAUGGAGGAGAAAAAACGGGCAGAAGAUCUAUUAUACAGGAUGAUUCCAGUAUCGGUUGCUCGCCAGUUACAACAUGGUGGAAAUGUUGAACCGGAAACAUUUGAAGCGGUUACAAUAUAUUUUAGUGAUAUUGUGGGGUUCACUUCGAUUGCUAGUAAAAGCCUACCGAUGCAAGUAGUAGACUUGCUGAACGACCUUUACACAACCUUCGAUGCUGUCAUAGACAAUUUUCAAGUCUACAAGGUUGAAACGAUUGGAGAUGCUUACAUGUGCGUUUCCGGUUUACCAAUCCGGAUUGGUUGCAGGCAUGUCACCGAAAUAGCCAAUAUGGCGUUGGCAAUACUAAACAGUGUAAAAAGGUUUACCAUACGGCACUUUCCAGAAGAUCGUCUUCAUAUCAGAAUAGGGCUACAUUCAGGAAGCGUGGUUGCAGGUGUGGUUGGUUUAAAGAUGCCAAGAUACUGUCUGUUUGGGGACACCGUGAAUACAGCCAGCAGAAUGGAGUCAACAGGAGAACCCAUGAAAAUUCACAUAUCAGAGCCUACAAAAAUAUUACUAGAAAAGAUGGGAGGGUUUUACACGACAUUUAGAGGCGAAAUAUCUGUUAAAGGCAAAGGUUUAAUGAAAACACACUGGUUGGAAACUGGGAACACAGAGGACAUAGUACCUUCAACAGAUACAGAAAGGCCUUUCCAUAUGACUGCAGAGUCUAUUGAACAGCAUGAUGAGAAAACUAUGGAAAAUGAAUUGAUAACGCUAGAUGACAUUGACAAUUGUACCGACCGUGCCUACGAAGAAUCUGAUGGUUUGGUUGUAAAUCUGAUGGACUCGUGUGAACUGAAUAAGACUCAAAGAAAUAAAGUCGAAAAACUUGAAACUGAACAAUCAUUAAGUGACGAAAAAUCCUUCUUAGGCUCAUAUCUUACCGCGAAUGGUUUAACAGGGGAUCGAGAUAGAAAAAUAGUCAUCACCCACAUGGCUGGCAAAGAUAGUGUAAAUGAGGAUACGUUAUUGGAUCUUGAAUGUGGGACUAGCAAAUCAAGUGACGCUUCAGAGCUGAAUGUUCAUUUACCAAAGGUUGUGUAAGAAGUCAGCCUUUUUUGUUGUUAUUAAAUGUAAAUACAAAAACUGUUAAAGAAAAAAGGAUUAAUCUUACUUUCACCAGUUUGAACACUGUCUUUAAAUGUAACAUUAUUCAUAUCAUCUGUUAGUAGUAUCUCUCAAAAAUUAUAAGCAGCCAAUUACAUAGAGGGGCCUAGGUAGAAAGGUGAUGAAAGGCCCUGACUCAAAGACCACUAAUCCUGACCACCGUUGGACUAAAUCCCCGUCCCACUUGGGGUCUAAAACUAUUUCAUAUAAGCAUUAUAUCUUGCUUACCCAAGUGCCUGUAUGUAUAUGAAUUACACCAAAACCGAACACAAAACUAAAUACUGAUGACCUUAAAAGAAGAAGAAAAAACAUCAACAAAUUAAGGACAAAGAUCCAAAUAGAAAAACUGCUCUGAAUGAGUAAGCCAUUAUACAAUUCUUAUGCGCUUACAAAACCGUUGGAUACAUUUUAUGUGAAACAUCGGCUUUAAAAUCGUUUUUUUAUUUAUAUGUACACAUGCGUGAAAUUUCUGAGAUGUUAUUUCAUAUAUACACCAAAAUC